UAUUCUGGUCAUUUCCCGCCAUGCUAUCGCUCCCCCUGCAACUGCAACCUCUAUCCCCGCCUUUCUACCCUCCCAAUUCCCAACCUAAAACCCUAAAACCCGUUUUUCCCAAAGCCUGCAAAUCUCAAUACCAAACCGAAAGGGGUCUUCAGUUUGACAUCGGAGACACCUUCUUCCGCCAUGAGAGCGCCACCGGUCGUGACUUCGGCGUUCUCUCGGCAGCCCUCUAUAAGCAAUCCAAUGGCAGUCUUCGAGUUCUCGACGCCCUAUGUGGAUGUGGAAUUCGGUCCCUCAGGUACUUAGUAGAGGCAAAAGCCGACUUCGUGUUAGCUAAUGACGCAAACGAAAACUAUAGAGGGAUUAUUUCGGGAAAUUUGUCCCGGAUUUCGGAAGAAAGAUGGGUUGUGAUGAAUUCGGAUGCCAAUAGAGUAAUGACGGAGCGUUAUCUGGAAAAGGAUUAUUUUGACCUGGUCGAUGUUGACUCGUUUGGAAGUGAUUCUAGCUUCUUGAGAGCUGCUAUUGGGGCUGUCAAAUUGGACGGUUUGUUGUAUAUUACUUCUACUGAUGGCUACUCAUCCGGUGGCCACCGCCCUCAACAUUCUUUGGCUGCAUAUGGAGCAUAUGUUCGGCCAAUGCCAUACUCAAAUGAGGUUGGUUUGCGGAUGCUUAUAGGUGGGGCGCUUAGGGAGGCUUCUGUGCUUGGUUACCAUGUUGUGCCGUUGUUUUCCUACUACUCGUAUCACGGCCCUGUUUUUAGAGCAAUGCUUCAGAUUAAGCGUGGAAGGCUUCCUGAUAGCAGCACCUAUAACUUCAUCAGCUACUGCAUUCAGUGUGGAAAUUCUCAAACAGUUUCUUGGGAUCAACUUGGUCAGAUCAGAUGCCCCUGCAUCACUAAUGCAUGUGUUCCCAACUCGCUAAUCGUCUCGGGACCUCUUUGGACAGGACCUCUUCACCAAGCAUCUCACCUUGCUCGCAUGUUGAAUUUGGCUGAGCAAUUGGGGUGGAUAAGCGACGGCAAUGGAAGAAACCUUGAAAAACUGAUAAGACUAAUGGUGGAUGAAAGUGACCCCAAACUGCCAGUUGGAUACAUCAAGAUUGAUGAGGUAGCAAGUCGUGCUAAACUUAAUUCUCCAUCCAUUGGGGCGAUAAUGAACGCCUUGCACGAGGAGGGAUACGUGGCCAGUAGAUCACAUAUCGCUCCCAAUGCCAUCAAAACGAAUUGCCCCAUGACAGAAUGUAUAAAAACUUUUAAAGCGCUCCAACAGUGUUCAAUAAGAUGAUUUGAGUGUUCAACAGAGUUCAAAAUGCAGUCUAUACAUGCUAAAUAACAGCAGGGUUGACGGUCAGUUGAGAUGCAUGUGGAGGUCCUCAAAUGACGAUGAAAAUUUAUGGAGCUACCCUAAGUUCCUAGCAGACAAAGAAGUCUUGGGUGGGUUCGCCAAGGCAGAUGUGACCUUUUAAAUUGCUGAAAUCGACCUCGCACUGCAAUGAUGCCAUUCCUUCUAAGCGUUAAGCUCAUAUGUCUAGUUACACUUCCAUUAGAUUCCUAAUGUGAGACACAGCGUUGGUUUCUACCAAAUAGUAGUUCACCUUGGAAGGUCUUUCUACCCAACGUCAUAGAAACUAUUCUUUGAAAGUUCUAUAAUUCCAAUUCAGACUUGUAUGAUGUUGAAGCUAUGCGUAUGAAAUGCACAAAAUUAGACAGUAGGAAAUUCAUAGCCUAGUACUGUGCCUCUGAAAAAGGGGAAACUGACCCAUAAUCUUAUAGUACUUCUUUUCUUGUUA